GUGUGUGUGUGUGUUUUAUAUUGGUUUUAGUGUGUAUUAAAUAUACUAUAGCAUAAUGCACAACUAGGCGUAUUUUCAGAAAAGAGAGGUCACCCUGAGAAGUGUAAAAGAAAACGUUAUAACCAGCAUCGCAUAAGGGAGGUAUUAGCAAACGCGUUCACUAUUGAUGGGCUUUAGUUAAUUUAUUGCCUGAACGGUGGCUUUGCUACAUGUGCUACUGUUUGAACUAAAGCGACGUCCCUGAGGAAGUCUGAGCUAAACUCGCUCAACAGUUCGUUGAAAUGCUGUUUUUCCGGCACGCCCACCGUCUCACGUUAGUUCAGGAGUGAAUGGAUGCGAGUGAAACCGAGUGGCUUCAAAAAGAUGGCAGAAAUCGUACACAUGAUUGACAGCGAGGUUUUCCUGGCCUUCUCCACGUAUGCAACCAUAGUCGUCCUCAAAAUGAUGCUCAUGAGCUUCAUGACCUCAUACUUUCGCCUGACAAAACAGGUUUUUUCAAACCUGGAGGACACCAUGUUGGUGAAGACAACAGAAGACAGGAAAAAGCUGGUCAGGGUCGAUCCGGAUGUGGAAAGAGUGCGACGGUGCCAUCUGAACGACCUGGAAAACGUUGUUCCCUUUGUGGUGAUCGGUCUUCUGUAUGCACUCACGGGGCCGGAUCUCUCCACGGCUCUGUGGCACUUCCGGGUGUUUGUGGGGUCACGUUUCAUCCACACUGUGGCCUAUGUGAUGGCUCUUCCCCAGCCUACCAGAGGUCUGGCCUUCGGUGUGGGGCUGCUAGCAACUUUUUCUAUGGCUUACCGGGUGCUCACCACAGCACUUUUUCUCUAAUGGAUUGCAUUCACUUCAUGAGAAACCAUUUAGUUUGAGUUGACACGCAAUGUUUUUACAAUGUUAUGUGAAAGAAAUGUUGUGCAAGUUAUAUUGCUGUUUUUGUGUUUUGUAUUUGCUUUCACUACCACAGUCCCACGAAUGAACUUCAUACUGUGAAUGACCACAAUUUUUUUUAAAAGUAAUCAUUCACAAUAUAAAUCAAUAUAAUACUGCUGAUAAUAUUUAAUUAAUGUAAAUCUUUAACUCCUGACACACAUUUUAGGAUGAGUCUAAAGCUUGACCAGUUCUAUACACAGUGAACAGAUAUUUGGUUGUUGUUACUUAUUAAUCACGAUAAGACUUUGGAUUGUGCCUGGUAUUUAAGUCGGCCUCCAUUGAACAGUUUCGCUGCAGCUGCGAAGACAAGCAAAGGGAAGAUUUUAAUUUGAGAAGUAAAUUUUAAUGUUUAUUGUCAGCAGGUUUAAAGAAAGUAUGAACAAUAACAAAAUGUUUAUGCAUUAGAUAAAGUUUGAAAAUAAAACGCAAUGUUUCUGACAA